AUGUCUACGGUCCGAAACAUCCGCGCUCUCGCUCCCCUGCUGGACCGUGUGCUGGUCCAGCGCGUCAAGGCCGAGGCCAAGACCGCCAGUGGCAUCUUCCUGCCCGAGUCCAGCGUCGAGAAGCUCAACGAGGCCAAGGUCCUCGCCGUGGGCCCCGGUGCUCUGGACCGUGAUGGCAAGCGCGUCCCCAUGAGCGUGGCCGUCGGCGACCGUGUUCUGAUUCCUCAGUUCGGUGGCUCGCCUGUCAAGUCUGGCGAGGAGGACUACCAGCUGUUCCGUGACAGCGAGAUCCUCGCCAAGAUCAACGAGUAA